AUGCUGAAGAACCUCCUGAACCUCAUUGCUGCGAUGAAGUUGAAGCCGGACGCUAAGAAGGACAAGACCACCAAGCCCCCCGCCACCAACGAUAACAGCGCCACGGAUACCACCAAGCCUCCUAAGAAGAGGCGUCGUUCAGCGAGUCAAAAAGAGAGAUCUCGAAAGUUCUUUGAGAAAAAAAUAAAUGAGAGAAAAGCUGCUCGAGCAGCUAAAAAAGAGACCACCAACUAG